AUGCCGUAUUCAGAACCGCAGUAUUUUGAAUCAGUUCAGAAUACUUUGAUCAGCGAUGAGUUGCCUUAUGAUCGUGAAGCUUUAGGGAGAGAACACUUGGAAUUUCUAUCAAAGUUCACGGAUGAGCAACUUAAUGUUCAUGAUACCAUAAUGUCGUUUGUGAAUUCGACUAAAGGAAAAAUGUUUUUUGUUUAUGGUUAUGGAGGUACUGGAAAAACAUUCAUUUGGAGGUCUUUGUCAGCAAGGAUUCGUUCGACAGGAGGUAUUGUGUUAAAUGUGGCGUCCAGUGGCAUAGCUUCUUUAUUGUUUCCUGGGGGUAGAACAACUCACUCACGCUUUAAGAUUCCUAUCAAUGUUAAUGAAGAUUCUAUGUGCAAUAUAAAACAAGGAUCUGAUCUUGCUGAGCUUAUCAUAAGGUCGAAACUUAUCAUACGGGAUGAAGCACUGAUGAUUCAUAAGCAUUGCAUAGAAGCCGUUGAUAGGACUUUUAGAGAUAUUCUUCGUGUGUGUAGUGAGUCCAGUGAUGGAGUUGUUGGUGGUCCGAAUGAUGGUGAAGUCGCUAUAGAUCUUCCUUCUGACAUUGUUUUGUCAAAUUCUGGUGAUCCUCUUAAAACCAUUGUUGAAAGCAUAUACCCUUCCUAUAUGGAUCCAGAAUAG